AUGAUCUAUCGCGCUGCCUCUUUCCGCACGUUUCUGGCCGUCCUCGUCGCCGCGUCUGGAGCUGAGGCUGCUAAAUCUGCUAACGGCACCGACAACUGCAUCGUGGAUCGGACCAAGGCGCCUGGAGACCUGACCAGCUGUGGUAACAACACACUCUUCAACGUAUGGCGUCCCCGAGCGCGAUUCAUCGCACCCUCUGGAUGGAUGAAUGAUCCACAGGGCCUAUUCCAACGCAGUGAUGGGUCUUUUCACGCCGGGUAUCAAUGCAAUCCCCACCACUACACUUGGGGCAACAUCUCCCAGUGCGCGGCGCACUCGAAGGACCUCGUAUACUGGGAAGACUUCAAAUCUUGGAAGGACUCGAAGACGAUCUGGCCGAGCGAGCUGUACGAUAUCCGCGGCGUAUUCGACGGGUCCAUCAUCAAGAACGGAUGGGAAGGCUACCCCACCACAAUAUACACAUCCACCUUCACAGGGCCACUUGGCGCUACAGCGUCGCCGCCCGAAUCGCCCGGUACUGAGACACAGAGCAUCGCGUACACCAAGGACGGCGGCGCGAGCUGGAUCAAGCUAAACUUCGGCCCACAAGGCAACCCCGUCAUUUAUGAAUGGCCGGUCCAGAACAUGACCGGCUUCCGCGACCCGUACGCGUUCGAGUCGCCCGUGCUCAAACGCCUCCUCUCCAACAGCACCGCGUUCAACGCGACAGGAGACACCUUCCUGACUAUCAGCGGCGGCGUGCGCCUCGAUGCCGACCCAAACGCUGGACCACGUCUAUAUCUCUACCGUCAAACGUCGAGCACCGACGUGCGUAGGUGGACGUACAUUGGCGAGCUCGUCACGCUUCCCGCGCACGAGCAGCUGAGCCCCUGGACCGGCAACGUUGGCAUCAACUUCGAGACCGCGGGCGUCACGCGCCUGAAUGAGGCCGGCGAGGCGUUCGACAAUGGCUCGGACGCGACGGCGCUCAAUCUCAUCGGGUACGGCACUGAGCAAGGCCGGAAUGGGUCCCACGAAAACCACUGGCCGCUCUGGGGUGCUGCGUCGUACUCCGUCCAGAGCGAUGGCUCCGUCGCGGCCGCCAUCGACUUUGCGGGCGUUUUGGACUGGGGCAGGGUAUACGCGGCCGUUCCGUUCCCAGUAUCCGGAAACCGCUCGGUUCUCAUCGGCUGGGUCUACGAGGACGAUGAGGAUCUGGUGCUCGCUGCCCAGCGCGGCUGGCAAGGCAUGUUCACCCUGUUCCGCGACCUCUUCGUCAAGGUGAUCCGCAACGUCGACCCCGCCGCGCCCGGCCUCAACGAAACCGGCAGCUGGAAAACGCGCAAGGAAACUGACGGCAGCACCUCCGUCGUCACCCUCGGCCAAAAGAUCGUGCCCGAGAUCCUGCGCGCCUACAGGAAGGAAUCUGUGGUCUCGUCCCCCGCGCCGACGACGCUCAACGGCAGCGUCGGGUACGUGCCGUUCGCGCGGCAGCCCGCGGCGGCGCACUACGUCAUUCAGGCGACCCUCGUGUUCACGGGGCGCGACGCCGAUAUCCCCAAGGCCGGGUUCCGCGUGCGCGCGAGCGCCGAGGAGUGGACGGACGUCUACUUCGACCCCCAGCUGGAAGCGAUCGUCGUCGAGCGCCAGAACAGUUCCCUCAUCACGACCUACGGUACUGAGACCGAGGUCGCGAAGCUCCGCCUCUGGCCAAUCCUUCGCUCCGGGCAGAACGCCUCCGCCGCGACGCGCCAGACGCUCAACCUCACCCUCGUCGUCGACAACUCCGUCGUCGAGGUCCUCGCGAACGACGUCACCGCGCUCACGACGCGCGUCUACCCGUGGCUCGCGUCCUCCGUCGGCGCGGGCUUCCUCGUGCGCGGCGGGAAUGGAACCGGGAACGGGACCGCGGCGGUGCGCUACGAGCGCGUCGAGUUGUGGGAUGGCCUGCUCGAUGCGUGGCCGGGGCGCCCAGAGGACACGAGCGCGCCGCUGUUGUGGGAUGGCCCUGUGAUGCCGUUGCUCGGGGGUAUUUGGGAUGGGCGGUGA